AUGUCUUCGCAAGCCAAGCCCGAUGCCCCCCACAUCACUCACGAUGAGACGGUCCAUGACCACGAGCUGCAAGGCUGGGUGGGUCUGGCUGAAGAUGCUCGAAAUGCGACCAUCGAGGAACACAAUUUAACCUUUGUCCAGGCUGUCAAGUUGUACCCCAAGGCUUGCAUGUGGACAAUGGUUGUUUCUCUCGUGGUUAUUCUGGAUGGAUACGAUACCGCACUCAUUGGCUCUCUUUUUGGCUUCCCGGCCUUUCAAAAGGAAUUUGGUCAUGAGACCAGCAAAGCUGGAUCGUAUCAACUGGAACCGAAAUGGCAAACUGCGCUCGGCCUCGCCAGUCCGUUAGGAAAUAUCGUCGGAAUUUACAUCAAUGCAUUUCUGACUGAGAGGUGGGGACAUAAGAAGACAUGUUUAGGAACGCUGGGCUUCUUGGUCGCCGUUCUCUUCAUGCCCUUCUUUGCAAAGAGUGUCCAGGUCCUCUUUGUUGGAGAGCUUCUCUGUGGUCUCGCCUGGGGUGUGUUUACCACUUUGGCCCCUGCCUAUGCCUCUGAAGUCGCACCCGUCGUACUUCGCUCUUACCUUGAGACCUACGUUGUGCUUUGCUGGGGCAUUGGACAAUUCGUCGCAACCGGCAUCCUGGACAGUCUGGAUAAGCGCACUGGACAAUGGGCCUGGCGAAUUCCGCUUGCCGUGCAGUGGGUCUGGCCAGUGAUCAUUGUCCCGGUGCUCAUCUUCGCCCCUGAGUCUCCCUGGUGGCUGGUUCGCAAGGGUCGCAUCCAGGAGGCGGAAAAGUCAAUGAAGCGCCUCACCUCCUCACAGGACCCCGACCACGCGAAAAAGUCCAUUGCCCUCAUGGUUCAGACAACACAGCUGGAGAAGGUCUUGACGGAGGGUGCAUCGUUUGUGGAUUGCUUCCGUGGUUCCAAUGCAUGGCGAACGGAGAUUGGCUGCAUUGUCUGGACAUCCCAAGUUCUUUGCGGCUUCGCCAUUACCUCCUACGCGACGUACUUUUAUGAACAGGCUGGCCUGUCUAGUUCCGACGCAUACAAAAUGUCUGUGGGCCAGUCUGGUCUGCACUUCUUGUGCACCCUACUCUCUGUUUUCAUUACUGGCAACUUUGGUCGCCGCCCAGUGCUCUUUGUUGGGUAUGGAGGUAUGUGCAUGUCAAUGCUCCUCAUCGGCAUCAUGUCCUGCGUGAAACAAAACACAGGACUUGGAUACGGAGAGUCUGCGAUGUACCUACUUUGGUACGUUUUCUACGAGCUGACUGUUGGUCCGAUUGCUUUUAUUAUUGUUGGCGAGAUCUCAUCAACGCGUUUACGGUCCAAGAGUAUCUCUUUGGCGCGUAAUGCAUACAAUGUGGCCAAUGUUUUUAGCUCUACUGUUGCUCCUUAUACGCUUAACCCAACGGCAGGUGACUGGAAAGGAAAGACGGCAUUUUUGGCGGCUGGAUUUACCAUUUUUAUCCUUACCUGGGCUUAUUUCCGUCUUCCUGAGUCGCGUGGCCGCACCUAUGAAGAACUUGAUAUCUUGUUCUCUAGAGAUUUGAAGGCGUGGGAGUUCAAGGAUGCAGAGAUUGACGAUGAUGCUGUCAAAGUUAUUACCAAGCAGGGAUGA